AUGUUGUCAAGAUCAUCAUUUAAUUUGCUUAAUCCUGAUGAUUAUUCGUGCGCUGUUGAUCCUCGAAUACCCAGAUUCAUGACCAUCCCCGGAAUUCUGUCAGAAUUUGACGAAGAUAACAUUGGCAAAUUCAAUGGGAAAAAUGAAGCACACCACUCAUCUGGCGUCAUUUCAUCUGUUACUCCCAAACGUCGGAUCGUUGUUUCGAAUCAGUUACCUGUAAAAGCUCACUGUGACGGAGAAAUAAACAAAUAGGUAUUCGAAUAUGACCCGGAUGCACUGGUGCUCCAACUCAAAUUCGGGUUUGGACCAGACGUGGAGGUCGUUUAUGUCGGAUCAUUGUCGGUCGAUAUUGACCCAUCGGAGCAGGAAGAAGUGGCUCAAAGGCUGUUAGACAAGUUUCGAUGCUUACCCACCUUCUUUCUUAGAAUCCAGAAUAAAUUUUAUCAUGGCUUCUGUAAGCAUUACUUAUGGCCUCUGUUUCAUUACAUGUUACCUUUGAACCUAAACCAUGGAGUCUGAUUCAACCGGGUCGCAUGGCAAGCUUAUGUCUCUGCUAACAAGGUAUUUGCAGACAAAGUAAUGGAGGUAAUUAACCCAAAUGAAGAUUAUGUAUAGAUAAACGAUUAUCAUCUCAUGGUGAUGCCUACUUUCUUGAGGAAAAUAUUUCACAGAGUUCGGGUUGGAUUUUUCUUGCACAACCCCUUCCCCUUAUCUAAAAUUUAUCGAACUUUACCAGUUCGUGACGAAAUCCUUCAAGCUCUAUUGAAUUGUGAUCUAAUUGGGUUUCAUACAUUCGAUUACGCUAGACAUUUUCUUUCAUGUUGUAGCAGAAUGUUUGGACUUGAUUACAAGUCUAAAAGAGGAUAUAUUGGGCUUGAUUAUUAUGGUAGAACAGUAAGUAUCAAGAUUUUACCAGUUGGAAUCCAUAUGGGUCAGAUUGAAUCUAUGAAAUCUUCAGAUCAAACAGCCAAAAAAGUCAAAGAACUGAAGAAAAUGUAUGAAAGGAAGAUUGUGAUCUUGGGUGUUGAUGAUAUGGAUAUGUUCAAAGGGAUUAGCUUGAAGUUUUUAGCCAUGGGGCAGCUCUUGGAGGACUAUCCUGGACUAAGGGGCUCAGUGGUUUUGGUUCAGAUCGUGAACCCGGCUCGAAGCAGGGGCCAUGACAUUCAAAAAGUCAAAACUGAGACCAUGAAGGUGGCUAAUGAGGUUAACCAGCGGUUUGGUCAAGCUGGCUACAGUCCGAUUGUGUUCGUGAAUGGUCCAGUUUCAACACAUGAUAAGGUUGCAUACUAUGCGAUAUAUGAAUGUGUUGUCGUGAAUGCAAUUCGUGAUGGUAUGAAUUUGGUGCCUUACAAGUACACGGUUUCAAGACAAAGUAGUCCCAAGUUAGAUACGGCUUUAGGGAUCGAUGAGUCUGAAGAUCGGAAGAGCGUGAUUAUAGUGUCGGAAUUUAUUGGGUGUUCACCGUCUUUAAGCGGCGCGAUCAGGGUUAAUCCAUGGAACAUUGACUCGGUUAUGGAAGCCAUGAGUUUAGCCAUCACGAUGCCGGAUAAUGAGAAGAAACUGCGUCACGAGAAGCACUACAAGUAUGUUAGUUUUCAUGAUGUUGCUUAUUGGGCUCGGAGUUUCGACCAAGAUCUUGAGAGGGCUUGUAAGGAGCAUUUUCACAAGCAGUGUUGGGGGGUUGGGUUUGGUUUGGGGUUUCGAGUCGUGGCUCUUGGGUUCAACUUCAUGAAACUAUCGGUUGAACAUAUUGUUUCGUCUUAUAAGAAGACGAAUAGCCGCCUGAUUUUACUGGAUUAUGAUGGCACUGUGAUGCCGCAGGCUUUGGUCGAUAAAACUCCGAGCAAAGAGGUUCUGAUCUUGAAUGUGCUGUCUAACGACCCCAAGAAUGUGGUGUUUAUUGUUAGCGGGAGAGGGAAGGAUUCGUUAAGUAAGUGGUUUGAUUCCUGUAAGAAUCUUGGGUUAUCGGCAGAACAUGGGUGGUUAACAAGGUGGAGCAGUGAUUCUCAGUGGGAAUCUUGUGGCGGUUUAGCAGAAGACGUCAAUUGGAAGAAAGUGGCACUGCCGGUGAUAGAGCAUUACACCGAAGCGACUGAUGGUUCUUCGAUAGAGCAAAAAAAGAGUGCUUUAGUUUGGCAUCAUCAAGAAGUUGACCCCGAUUUUGGAAUGUGGCAGGCGAAAUAGCUACUCGAUCACCUCGAAAGCGUGCUUGCCAACGAGCCCGUGGUCGUCAAACGAGGCCAACAAAUCGUUGAGGUCAACCCACAGGGUGUGAGCAAAGGAGUGGUGGUGGAAAAUCUAAUUGCAAGUAUGCAAAGUAAGGGGAAGCCAUUGGAUUUUGUGUUGUGCAUCGGAGAUGAUCGGUCGGAUGAGGACAUGUUUGAAAAGAUGGCGAGUUCGGUGGCGAACUUGUCGUUACAAGGGUCGGUGGAAGUGUUCGCUUGUACGGUUGGCCAAAAACCAAGCAUGGCAAAGUACUACCUUGAUGAUACCAUGGAUGUCAUCCAGUUGUUUCAUGGGCUGGAAGCGGCUUCGAGUCAACUUCCAAAAAUCACAGGGGUUGGAGUCUCGUUCGAAACAAGCGUUUGA